AUGCCUAUAACUUUACUGCACGAGCAGCCUCGUCUGCCAGGCAUUCAGUUGCACAGGAACUUGUUGGCGGCUUUCCUGGAGAUCGUCGGGCUCUAUGCUUCUCCGACAGCUACCGUGCAAGCAGAUGUGCUGCUGGCUUUCGAAGUGUUCUCUUCUGCCAGGCCUAGACGACAUGUGGUCCGGCAAUAUGCUUGGCUCACUGCUGUCUCUUCCAGAGCAGGAGCAUUGAAGGCAGAUCAGGUUUUCGUUCUCGCUGAAAUUUCCGAGCCCUUUCAGUUUGGGGCUGGGCCAGGGAGGUUUGACAAUAUGCUGCUCGACCUGGCUUUUGAGAAGUAUGUGGAUUGCCAGAAGGACUACUUGCCUGUCCCUGCUGGUGAAAGGCGGGUAGGUCGUUUGCAGACGCUUCUCUCAGACGCAUUCGCCUUUCAUUUGCUCAGUCUGUUCGACGACGAGAACAUGUCUCCCAGCACAGUGGUAAUCAACAAGUUGCUGUUCCAAGACAUCAGCCCAAAGCAGGUUCGAGUGACAGGGUUGGACACUAGCUUCCAGCAAGCCGUGGUGACUGUGGAUGGCGAUGCAGGGCAGGAUGACUCAGAGGUUGCAGGGGAGCCACUCAUGGAGCCUGGACAGCCCGAAGAGUAUGACGAUGCACGCGCCGGCGACGGUGUGGAUUUUCUGUCCUUGCUGGACGAUGGUGCCGGCCCAGAUCUCCCGCCCACAAAGAGGAGGAGGACAAGACGGACCUCUAUGCAGCCGCCUGGUGAAGAAGGUGAUGUCCAAGAAACUGACAUCCUGGAUGACCCACAGCUGCAGGCUAUUCUCGGGCCAAAACAAAUUGCAGAACUCAAGAAGGCUGUGGAGGUCUGCAGCGCCAUAGAGGUCCCUGAGCAAACUUGGAUGUCGACCCGCGCGUCUGCAGACUCAGACAGUGACAUUCUUGAGGAGUGCCACGUUGACUGUGACGUUGAAGAACAGGAACACGGUGCCGCUUGCUCCACUCGAACUUCAUCAGCUCCGGCAUCUGGUUCAGCAGCUUCAGCAGAUGUUGGACGACCAGGGCCGUCUGAACCAGUGAGCAGAGCGGCAGCAGCUGGCAGCUCUGGCGUGGUGCAUGACUGGCAGUUGCUGUCGACCGAGGAAGAUGGCAGCCGGGUUGAAGUCAAGUACGGUGGUCAUGGUACCACUUUCUGCACGGUUCGCCGAGUGUUUCGAGGUGUGGUGGAGGAGUUAGGUGCUGCCAAUCUGCUAGUGAAACAUGCAACAGGGCAAGAGUCACUCAGAGCUGUGUGCAGGAAACACAAAAAAUGUGAGUGCUGGAUCAGCAACACGCAUCACUCCGACUUACUUUUGCAAUGGCUCCGUGUGGCUCACAAGGAGUCGCCUGACAGCCAUGCCCGCCUAAGUCUGGAGUUGAGAAGGUCCAUUGGCAUGAAGGUUCGCGCCUGA